AUGGCGGUGAAUGUAUUCUCCAUCUCUUCGGCUCUGGAGAACCUGAGUCGUCAUGAGAUGCUGUCCUGGGUCAACGACUCUCUACGGCUCACUUACACCAAGGUAGAACAACUGUGUUCAGGUGCAGCGUAUUGUCAGUUCAUGGACAUGUUGUUCCCUGGCUGUGUCCUGCUGAAGAAGGUGAAGUUCUCUGCAAUGCUGGAACAUGAGUUCAUCAAAAACUUCAAGGUCCUACAGGCCUCCUUCAAGAGAAUGGGUGUAGACAAG